AUGAACUUCCGAUCUCUCUUCUUCCUCCCAUUUCUUCUUUCCAUCUCGAUCACCUUCACGGCGGCGCAAAUCUCGCCGGGAUCCUCCCUCUCCGCCGCCGAGCUCAACCGGACUUGGGCCUCUCCGAACGGCACCUUCUCCGUCGGGUUCACGCAAGUAGGUCCCAACUCCUUCCUCGCCGGCGUCAACUACAACGGCGGAGUUCCAAUCUGGACGGCUGGCGGCGCCUCCGCUGUCGUCGACUCCGGCGGGUCCUUCCGCUUCACUUCCGCCGGGAGUCUCCUGCUAGUCAACGGCUCCGGCUCCACCGUCUGGGAUUCCAACACGGCUCGGCUCGGCGCAAGCUCGGCCUCGAUCGACGAUUCCGGCAAUUUGGUGCUCCGAAACGGGUCCCGACCCGUUUGGUCAAGCUUCGCCAACCCGACGGACACCGUCGUCCCGGCGCAGAACUUCACCUCCGGCCAAACCUUGGUCUCCGGUGUUUACUCGUUCCGCCUCCUCAAUACUGGAAACCUGACAUUGACUUGGAACGGCAGCAUAACUUACUGGAACCAAGGUUUGAAUUCCUCCGUCGAUUCCAAUUUAACUUCGCCGAUUCUAGGGUUACAGCCAAUUGGAGUUGCAGCGAUUUCCGAUCCUACUUUGAGGAGUCCUUACAUAGUUGCUUACAGUAGUGAUUAUGCUGAAGGUAGUGACAUUCUUAGGUUCUUGAAGCUAGAUAGUGAUGGGAAUUUGAGAAUUUAUAGCUCUGCUAGAGGUAGUGGAACUACGACCAUGAGAUGGGCAGCUUUGACCGAUCAGUGUCAAGUCUUUGGCUACUGUGGUAACAUGGGGAUUUGUAGCUACAAUGUCACUAGCUCGAACCCGGUUUGUGGCUGCCCAUCCCAGAACUUCGAACCCGUUGAUCCAAACGAUAGCAGAAAGGGUUGUAGAAGGAAAGUAGAGAUUCAGGAUUGUCCAGGGAGCGCGACGAUGCUCGAGCUGGAUCAUGCUAGGUUCUUAACGUACCAACCCGAGCUCUCCUCACAGGUGUUCUGGGUCGGUAUAUCGGCUUGCAGAUUGAAUUGCCUUGUCAGUGGCUCAUGCCUUGCUUCAACUUCAUUAGCAGAUGGAACUGGUUUGUGUUACUUGAAGACAUCGGAGUUCGUUAGUGGGUACCAGAAUCCAUCCCUUCCGAGUACUUCGUACGUGAAGGUCUGUGGUCCGAUUCAACCAAACCCUACAGGCCAAAUUGAGGUCGUGGGACAGAGCAAAGGGUGGAAGAUGAAAGGUUGGAUAGUUGCAGUUGUAGUUCUUUCCACCCUUGCUGGUCUGAUAGCAGCGGAAGCCGGUUUAUGGUGGUGGUGCUGCAGGCACAGUCCCAAUUUCGGUUCUCUAUCAGCUCAGUAUGCACUUCUCGAGUAUGCCUCCGGUGCGCCCGUUCAGUUCUCCUACAAAGAGCUUCAGCGAUCUACUAAUGGGUUCAAGGAGAAGCUCGGAGCAGGAGGGUUUGGUGCAGUGUACAAAGGCAUUCUUGCAAAUAAAACUGUAGUUGCAGUGAAGCAGCUCGAGGGAAUCGAACAAGGGGAAAGACAGUUCAGAAUGGAAGUCGCUACCAUAAGCAGCACCCACCAUUUGAACCUAGUGAGAUUGAUCGGCUUCUGCUCUGAAGGGCGCCACAGGCUUCUGGUCUACGAGUUCAUGAAAAACAGCUCCCUUGACAGCUUCCUCUUCUCCACAGAAGACCAGUCUGGUAAGUUUCUGAACUGGGGGUGUAGGUUCAAUAUAGCCCUAGGAACCGCAAGAGGGAUCACGUAUCUUCACGAGGAAUGUCGAGACUGCAUUGUGCACUGCGAUAUCAAACCUGAGAAUAUCCUGUUAGACGACAAUUUCAAUGCUAAAGUUUCCGACUUUGGCCUUGCAAAGCUCAUAAACCCGAAGGAUCAUCGAUACAGAACGCUAAAGAGCGUGAGAGGGACACGUGGCUAUCUCGCCCCAGAAUGGCUAGCGAAUCUCCCCAUAACUUCCAAGUCGGAUGUCUACAGCUACGGGAUGGUGUUGCUCGAGACAGUCAGCGGGAGGAGGAACUUCGAGGUGUCUGAACAAACCAACAUGAAGAAGUUCACCGUGUGGGCAUACGAGGAGUUCGAGAAGGACAAUGUGAGGGCGAUUGUCGACAGACGAUUACUAUCGACCAAUGGCGAUGAUCUGGACAUGGAGCAGAUAACAAGGCUGAUCGGAGUUGGGUUCUGGUGCAUCCAGGAGCAGCCGUCUCAGAGACCAACAAUGGGGAAGGUUGUGCAGAUGCUGGAAGGGAUCACGGAGUUUGAACGUCCCCCGGUGCCUCGAGUGGUGACCGAGGGAUCGAUGAGCGGGACGAGCAUGACCAUGAGCAGCAAUGCCAGUGCUCUGUCUACGUUUGCUCCUACUUCAGCUCCUGCUCCUUCUUUGGCUUCGUCGAACAACACUUCAGCCGUCGGAGGAGCUUCUUCUUCGCCGGUGGCUUCUGGUGGGGAUCUGGAGCGGGCUUCUUCAUCGCUUCUGCAUUCGGAUGCUGGAGCUGCUUGA